AUGCAAAAUUUGCCAAAAACUAUUAAAUCUUGUGGCAACACAUCAAACUUGCUUAGUCACGUAAAAAAUAUCCACAAGGCUACCUUUUUGGAUAUGAAUAAAGAAUAUUCACAAGUGUUGAGCAAUGUCAACUUACUAAAUAUCCACAGUGAAACAAUUACAAAAACAAAUGAAGCAGACUCUGAACCUGCUGUUCCCAGCCCUGAACCACUGCCAUCAAUAAGUACAGCUGUGUCAAAAUAUAUCCAUGUCGAUAAUCCUGUACCUCCGCCAUUAAAACGGCAAAAGUCGAUUGAUGAAAGUUUCAAAAAUAUAUCUGCUUAUUCGGAAAGCGGCAAUAAAACUUUGCAAGUCAAUAAUGCCCUCAUCUACAUGAUUUGCAAAGAUAAUCAACCUUUCACGAUUGUAGAAAAUGACGGAUUUCGUAAUAUUAUGAAAAUAACUGCACCGCAUUACAAGCUUCCAAGUAAGACAACAUUGACUUGCUGGGUUGAUGACAAAUAUGAUGCAUUAUCAGCUGUGUUUAAAAAUAAAUUAAAAUGUUUAGAAAAUAUAACACUUACAACCGAUAUGUGGACAGAAACAAUGAGUAUGAGAAGCUUUCUUGGAAUUACAGGUCACUUUGGUAUAUGUACCGAAUUUUUUUCUAUUACUCUUGGAGUAUAUCAGUCAUUUGACCGUAACACUUCGAAUCAUAUUGCUGAGAUGCUUCUGAAGUCUUGUUCUGAAUGGGACAUUGACGUUGAUAAAGUUUCGGCUGUAGUAACGGAUAACGCAGCAUCUAUGAUUAAGGCGGUCGAUCUGGCCUUAGGUAAAAAACACAUACCGUGUUUUGCGCACACUUUAAAUUUAGUUGCGUUAAAUGCGAUACAACACUGUCCAGAAUUACAAAAUCUAAUAACUAAGGUCAAGACCAUUGUAACAUGGUUCAAACAAAGUAAUACAGCAAGCAAUGAAUUAAGAAAAGCCACAGAAAAAGAAACAAAAACAGCGCCACCUAUGCUCAAUGCAUCAGAACUGUCAGUUCUUUCUUCUGUGUUACUAGUCUUAAGACCGCUCGAAGCUGCUACUAAAGAAAUUUCUGGAGACAGAUACUGCACAAGCAGCAAGGUGAUUCCGUUAGUUCAUUGCUUAGUUUUAAAAAUCCAACCUCUCCAAUUGGAAGACUCACUUGCCAAUGAAUUGAAAUCGUUUGUGCUUAAUGAAAUUGGAAAAAGAAUGGGCGCUAUCGAAAGAGUAACUCCACUCGCCAUAGCAACUGUAUUGGAUCCCAGGUAUAAAAAAAUUCACUUCAGAGACGCACUUGCUUGCUCUACAGCAGUCGCAAAAAUUAAAGACUUGAUGAAAAAUACUACACAAAAUGUCAAAAUGUCCGAAUCUGAUUCUGAUCAAUCUGAAAAACAAGAAGAGAGUUUUUCCUUAUGGGAUCAUCAUCACAAACUAGUAAGCAAGAAUUGGAAAUCAUCACAAUCAGAUGAUGCAAUUUCUGAUGAAUUAUCGAUCUACUUGCGUAGUCCAGUAUCAGGAAGACUCAAUGAGAAUCCUUUAGAGAUUUGGCAAGAUCUAAAAAUUCAAUUUCCUAAGCUUUAUAAGAUUGCCUUCAAAUACUUAACUAUUGUCGGAACUUCUGUUCCAUCCGAACGUUUAUUUUCAAAGGCUGCUCAAAUAGUCAAUCAACAAAGUCAUAGAAUGAAAGCAGUCGCAAAAAUUAAAGACUUGAUGAAAAAUACUACACAAAAUGUCGAAAUGUCCGAAUCUGAUUCUGAUCAAUCUGAAAAACAAGAAGAGAGUUUUUCCUUAUGGGAUCAUCAUCACAAACUAGUAAGCAAGAAUUGGAAAUCAUCACAAUCAGAUGAUGCAAUUUCUGAUGAAUUAUCGAUCUACUUGCGUAGUCCAGUAUCAGGAAGACUCAAUGAGAAUCCUUUAGAGAUUUGGCAAGAUCUAAAAAUUCAAUUUCCUAAGCUUUAUAAGAUUGCCUUCAAAUACUUAACUAUUGUCGGAACUUCUGUUCCAUCCGAACGUUUAUUUUCAAAGGCUGCUCAAAUAGUCAAUCAACAAAGUCAUAGAAUGAAAGAACACUCUCGCCCAUAUAUCCACAUCCUUGGCACAAUUGGCUUGACAAGAAAAAAACAACUCACACCAAAGUGCAAACAUCUAUAUAAAAAGCUGAUGGAGUAUUAUUCAGAUGCAAACAAUAUGCAAAAAAGAAUUAUGUCAAAUCAGUCAAGACUAGCUCAUGCUGAAAAUUUUGCUACUUCAAAAAUGUUUAUAUUCAUAUGA